UCCUUAAUAAAUACAAAAGAUAAUCUCUUUAGAGAGGUCAAUCACACUUCUUCCUGGUUCUGCGCUUUGGCUUAUAGAGAUUCUAUUUCUGUAAAAACUCAUCAGUUCUAGAAAAGCAAUGAGUGCGUUUUAAGCCAAAGACCCCACAUGCGUUUGGGUUUUUCAAAGCUCAGGCUGUCUUUUUUAGCAAAUGGGUAUUCUUUUUGCCUCGCUACUCUCUCCUCCUCCCAUGGCUUUUUGGCCUUUAAGAGACACUAUUAUGGCACCAUAGUGACGUGGUUUCAACCUUUUCUUUGAUGGGUAUGAGUGGUUUUGGUCCAUUGUGAAUUGUUUACUGUUGAAUUUUGGAAUCUUUCUUGGUAGGUUGUAGGGGUAGAGAGACCAGUAACAGUUGGGUUUUUAUUUUUUUUUCUUUGGGAGGGGUUGACCUAAUUGCUUGUCUCAAUUAGGAUUAUUUGGUUUUGAGAUUUGCUGGUGUGUUUUGGGAGGUGGGGUAUGAAGGAAAUGGAGUAGGUUUAGGGCCAUAGUUUUUGCAGAUUUGGAACUGGGUUUUCCUUUUUAAGCAAUUUUACUCACUGUUUUGUGCUGUAUCUAGUGGUAGAUUUGGGACUGUUUAGCGGGAAAAUUCUCCUAGUACUGGGCUAGUUUUUGGGUUACAGAUCAGAAGGAGAAGCUACAUUGUGGUGGUCACUGGUGCUGCUGUUCAACUUUUUCAAAACUUGGUUAGAGAAAGAAACUUGAGGUUGAGAAUUUUCUGGUUCUAAGGUGCCGUUUGGGAGAGAAGAAAAUCUACGGUCUUAUUGUGAAACUGCUCUCAUCUGAAAUUUACUUGGACAUUGCCUUUACUUGAAGAAGAAUUUGGGUUCAGUUUGAGCUGUAUAGCAAUAGCUUUGGCUUUGAUUUGAGAUUAAUGGCUUGUGUGAAAUUGGGUUCAAAAAGUGAUGCAUUUCAGAGGCAAGGACAAGCCUGGUUCUGCUUCACUGGGCUUCCUAGCGAUGUUGUUGUUGAGGUUGGUGAUAUGUCAUUCCAUCUUCACAAGUUCCCUUUGCUCUCAAGAAGUGGGGUGUUAGAAAAAUUGAUUGCAGAAGCAUCCGAAGAAGCUGACGAAGGAUGUGUUGUAAAGCUUCCAGACAUUCCUGGUGGGGCCAAAACUUUUGAAUUGGUAGCUAAGUUCUGUUAUGGUGUGAAACUUGAACUUACUGCAUCGAAUGUUGUGUACCUUCGUUGUGCUGCAAAGUGCCUUGAAAUGACUGAAGAGUAUGGAGAGGACAAUUUAAGUACACAGACUGAAGUUUUUAUCAGUCAAACAGUCCUUCAUAGUUGGAAAGAUGCCCUAAAGGCACUCCAAACCUGCAACGACAUUCUACCUUAUGCUGAAGAACUCAAUAUCACAAAAAGGUGCAUCGAUUCACUAGCCACUAAAGCAUCAACUGAUCCAAAUUUAUUUGGGUGGCCGAUGAGGGAGCAUGGGGGACCAAUGCAGAGCCCUGGUGGGAGUCUCUUGUGGAAUGGUAUAAGUACUGGGGCUAGACCUAAAAAUUCUAGCUUAGAUUGGUGGUACGAGGAUGCAUCAACAUUAAGCUUGUCUUUGUAUAAGAGAUUGAUUUCUGCCAUGGAAACUCGUGGGAUCAAACAGGAAAUUAUUGCAGGAGCCAUCACUUUUUAUGCGAAGAAGUACCUUCCUGGGUUAAAUCGACGUCAGGGAGCCAGUGAGUCUAGUAGUCGUCUUGGACCUGUGUCUCUGGGGACACCACCAUCAGAAGAAGAUCAAAAGCUUUUAAUUGAAGAGUUGGAUAGAUUACUUCCUUUGCAGAAGGGUCUAGCUGCAACUAAAUUUCUGUUUGGUCUACUCCGAACUGCAAUGAUUCUUCGUUCAAAUCCUACUUGCAUAUCAAAUUUGGAGAAAAGGAUUGGCAUGCAGCUUGAUCAAGCCACUUUAGAAGAUCUAUUGAUGCCCAAUUUCUCUAAUACCAUGGAAACGCUUUACAAUGUAGAUUGCGUGCAACGGAUUUUGGGGCAUUUUCUUGCCAUGGACCAGAUAACCGGUGGGGCGUCUCCAUGUUCAAUUGAUGAUGGCCAAUUGAUGGGAUCACCUUCAAUGACACCAAUUACAAUGGUUGCCAAGCUCAUUGAUGGGUACCUUGCAGAGGUUGCCCCUGAUGUUAACGUAAAACCCACAAAAUUCCAAGAGCUGGCUGCUGCGGUUCCCGAGUAUGCUAGACCUUUGGAUGAUGGUCUUUAUCGUGCUAUUGAUAUCUAUCUUAAGUCACACCCGUGGUUGGCGGAGUCAGACAGGGAACAAAUUUGCAGGCUGAUGGAUUGUCAGAAGCUCUCUGUAGAAGCAUGCACCCAUGCUGCACAGAACGAGAGACUACCCCUUAGGAUAGUAGUUCAAGUUCUCUUCUUUGAGCAGCUUCAGCUGAGGACUUCCAUUGCUGGCUGUUUUCUGGUCUCAGACAAUCUUGACGGAUCAAGACCAUUAAGAAGCGGGUUUGCUGGAUCCAAUGAGGGAGGUGGUUGGGCCACAGCAGUGAGGGAGAAUCAGGUUUUGAAGGUCGGGAUGGAUAACAUGAGAAUGCGGGUGAAUGAGCUCGAGAAGGAGUGCUCAAACAUGAGGCAAGAGAUCGAGAAGUUGGGGCGUGUAAAGGGUACUUCCUCUAGCACAUGGGGAAAUGUAUCUAAGAAAUUUGGUUUCAAAUUAAAGUCUCAGAUGUGUAGUGCUCAAGAGGGAUCUGUUAGUAAUCAACAUCAGGGUCAUGGGAAAGUUGAGAAAUUAAAAGAGAGACAUGGAAAAUCCAAGAGAACCUCCUCUAGGGAUGAGAAAAACUCCACCAAGGAUGACUAAGAAUUUCAUUUUUUUUUUCUUUUUCAAGUUGAAAUUUUAGGUCAGUCAUUUUAUUUUGAUUUUUUCUUAUUUGAAAAAACUAUUUGGUUCUGAAUGUUGUAUCUCUGUAUUAAUGGCUUCUGUAUUAAGAUCGUCACUAGGUGUGUAGUGGAUAUGAAAAGGAUACUCUCAUGAUGUAAUUUGAUGUUUCAUGUAAUUGUAUGAAAGUUAGGUAUGUUGUUUUUA